AUGAGUGCCACGACCCAGGGUGCGACUACAACGUCGUCUUCUGCAUUUCUCGCGAAUAUAAUUGGAAAACCAGUAAAUGUUAAAUUGCAUUCAGGCAUGCUUUACCAAGGUACACUAGAAUCUAUUGAUGGGUUCAUGAAUGUCGCGUUAAUAGAUGCGGUUGAAUAUUAUGAGACUGAAAAUAGCCAUGUAAUUCAUAAGUAUGACUCGGAUAUAUUUCUGAGGGGUACACAGGUUAUGUAUAUUAGUGAGUUGUAA